CAGUCUCCCCAAUGUUCUGAUCGCAUGAUGAGCUCCACAGCCGCAGCGUAUAAAUUAAGCCAUCGAUUCUGCAAUAAAGCCAAUAUAAAAGUUGUAAGUACGAUCGACUUUAUAGGGAACUCUACAAU